AUGUUGACUAUGUUUUAUUGUACAGGUUCUUUGAUGAGCACGUAUAAAUCAGGUUUAAGAGUUGGUAAUCAACGAAGAAUCUCCCUGAUAGCUAAUAAUAAUCUAAAGAUUUUUACUCCAGGAAAGAGAUUAACCUCACAAUUUACGCAGAGUCAAUGUACAUUAUAUUGCAGUGUAAAUGAAGUCCAAACUGUUGUUAAGCCCCAAUGUACAAGUAACUGGGAUAUAUCAUCCAAAUUUAAAUCUUACAGAGGUUGUAAGUUAUGGCUGGGAUUGACCGCAGGGUUAGGGGUAGGAUCCCUGUAUGGUUAUGGGCGUACAAGUCGAUCUCUGAUUAAUAAUGAGUCUGCAAUAAUAACAACCAAUGAUAACAUGAAACUAAGGAUGAAAGAAGAUGAAUAUCAAUUGGACAGGAAUGUAGUGUCUGCAGAAGAGUCACAUAAAAGAAGAAAGAUUAUAUAUAAACAAAUGUGUCUUGGUUCCAUAUUGGGUAUUGGGUUUGGCUUAGUUAUGAUAAAAAUAUCUAGUACUUUGAUAUAUCUGACAGUUUUUAGUAUGUUGGUGUUAGAAUGGUUACGUAAUCGUGGAAUCAUUGACUUGAGAGGAAAUCAGUUGAUUCGACUUGGGACUUCUCAGAGCAAGUCUAUUUUAAAAAGAAUUAAAAUUCAGGAAAUGAAUAUGUUUAAGAUAAGCUUCUUAUCUACUCUAUUAUUAACUUAUAUCAAUUACUGA